UAGCCGCCUCGCCCCCCGCCCCCGCCGGGCAGGAAGGCUGAGGUGCCUGUCCCAGAGCCCCGUCGCUGUCCUCCAGAUCAAGGGGGGUCCCGGGCGAGGGCCUCAGAGUAACCUUGGCGACACAGGUACCGGCCCGGGGGGUGAAAAGCAGAGGUGCCUUUUAGACGAGGUCUGGUGUCAUUUCAGUCGCGUAGUGGGGCUUCGUGGAUGCUGUCUGGGGUAAAACUACAGCAGCUGCGCUAUGACCCUGUGCUUCCCAUGCCGCGGUGUUGCAGGCCUGAGACGGGCUUAAAAUGUGAAGCAGGGAACUGUCUUGAUUUAAAAGCAGAUAAUGAAAUAGUUUCCAGUUUACCACUGCAGAUGUCCCUCUAUUUCAAUGUUUAUUUUUUCCCAUUUUGGUGGCUCAGCACAGUUGUCAUGCUCCAUCUGAAGUAUCCGGUCUUGUCAGAUUACUACAAGUUCAUCCUGGUCACAGUCAUGAUCCUAGCCUCUCUAAUAGAGGUCAUUCGACUCUACCUGGGAUACAUGGGCAAUCUGCAGGAGAAGGUCCCUGAGCUGGCUGGGUUUUGGCUUCUGAGUCUCCUCCUGCAGUUGCCUAUAAUUCUCUUCUUGCUAUUCAAUGAAGGUCUGAAAAUUCAGCCACUGGAGCGAGCAGUCCAUAUCGUCUUUGCCCUCUUCCUCACCUUCCAAGUCAUUGCAGCCUUUGUCACCUUGAGAAGAAUGGUGAACAAACUGGCAACUCGCUUCCGCCUUAAUGAAUUUGACCAGCUGGAGGAACAUCCUGUGCCUGAUUUUUACAGCCUGGGUAAAGAAGAGAGAGCAGUUUCCAUGGCUGGUAGGGGCCCCAGUGCUGGCUGGAGAUCACACACUGAGGGCCUGAGAAGCUAACAGAGGCAAGCCUCACGUUGCUACAACUCUGUUUCCAUUUUGUUGGGUCAUUCUUUACCUUCCUACAUCAGUGACAUUGAAGAAUAGGUCUUGCUUAAGAGCCAACAUUAAACCUCAGAGAUUGGAGCUCCCCUCUCCAAGAAAAAUCAAAGCCAAUUACAUAACUGGCUUGAGUGGACUAUUUGUGGACUGUUACUGCGUAGAGUACCAACAGAGUGGAUUUGGUGGUUUUUACAUUUUACGAAGUCAUGUGGUGUUUUUAAAAAAUCAGAAGCCUUUUUUCCUCACUGUUUGCACAGAAUUGUUUUGUUUACAAUAAAUCUUUUAUACAUGUUUUCA